AUGAAUCGGAACAGUCGUUUAACAGCACAGAGCACAGUGUUUAUAGGGCCCAAGGAGGGCAGCAGCAGCGUCGGGUUGUUUCUCGCUCGCCUCUGGCAACGACGACGACUGCACAGGCGGGUUCGUGGCGCGAGCCGCAGCCUCCAGGCGACCGCUACACAGCCGCAGUGGUCGCUGGUGCAGGUUGCGCGGCGAGUGCUCUUCCCUCCACUAUGGGUAGAGCUUGCGCGAGCGCACGUGCUUGCAAAGUUUUCGAGGGCGUUCGAGCAAGUACCGCGCAAGCGACGUGACGGGACGGCGGCACCCGCCGCAGUGAGCACGGCAGUGGAAGCGGCAGCGGCACCCAGUCCUUCGCGGAACGCAGCUCGUGGAGGACAGGGCGUUAGCCGUACGCAGCUGCUCGGGCGAAUUGUGUACGAGUGGGUAGACUACGACCAACGGCGACUCGUUUGCGCCCGUCAGACAGCAGACGGGGUACCGGUGGUGGACCCGCGCUGCUCCGCCAUACCGAGAACGGAGCGCCUGCGGAACAAGUGGCGGCGCCUGCGGGAGCUUUCGGCAGCAUCCAGCGAGCGCGAAGCGGCAGACGGCGCGGGACCGCAGACGGACAACGUUGCGCUGGUGGGCGCCCCAGCGGGCCCGCCACCAGUCGAAAGCCCGACGGAACAAUACGCAGUCGUUAAGCUUGAAUCAGGUCCCGGCACACUGCACGAGGAUACCGAAGAAGAUGCUACUCUAGAACGGUGCGCGGGCCCUGCGCUGGCGCGCUGCUGGAGCGCACCCGAGCUGGGCGACGCCGAAGAUGAUAGCACUCGCUAUGAACCAGAGCGCUCGCCGCUGGACUAUCUGGGGAACGUUCCGCUGCUAUUCACCACGAACACCCCUCAGGGCCGUUUGCUUCAAAGGCGUUUGCGCGUCGCACGCCUGCAGAUGCACCGCCUUGUACGGGAGGGUGUGCGCACGCUCAUGCAGAGUGCGCCGCUGCGCCUAGCGCUGGGCGCUCGUCUACGCUGCUUAGACGGAGCGGCAGCGUACGAAUCGCAACGAGAGGCCAGACAAGUCACGAGCGGCCCUGUUAGAGACGCCUCGCCAGCAGCGUGGAAGCGCUUCUCGGGCGACGGUGUGCUCCGCAGCGUCUCACAAGCGGCGCUCGCAACGCUAGGCACGCUGCGGUGUGAGUGGCCGUUCCACGUUCGUCGUCUGCGGGACCAGUAG